CAGGGAAAUUUUCUAUAAGAUAGAAUUAUGAUAGAUAAUACCUGUCAUAAUUCUAUCUACGAUUUUCAAUAAAGCUUUCUCUUUAACUGUCUCUUCUGACAUAUACAAAUUUUUAAAUACAACUUAAUGUUGCCUUGUGUUACAUAUUUAUGCUUUUUAUUAAGUUUGUACACCACCAUGUCAAAUGAGAGAUGUGUGUCAUAUAACACAACAGACAUCUCAUUCAUCACAAAAUAUCUUAUAUUAGGUUGAGCUGGAGGAACAGGCAACAAGUUCUCAAUUCCUUCAACUGUAAACAGAUUGAAUAUUUUCAAAUGACGAUAAAUGUCUUAGAAACUGAUGCUUUUGCAUGUUUUAAAGACUGUAGCAACUUGCAGUAUUUUUCAUCACUUACCUAGAAGCAGUUUGUGUCCUUUGAAGAAAUUAAUUCCUCAUGACUUUAUCAAAAUCCUUUUUUAAUGCAGUAUGUUUCAUAUUCAUCAGCUGUUUUUUGACAGCCGAUAAUGUGAAAUUCUGCUGUGCGUUUUCAAAAUGCUUAUAAAAUAUAAGGAAUAGGCUUUACCCAAAGGCAUGUGAGUACUUCACACUUUACCUGGAUAAACCCCAAUAUUAUAUUUUAUUUCUUACUUUAUCCAAUACUGCUGAGUAGUGGGGGAAUCUUAGCUCUGCCCAUAACAUAUACAGGGUGAUUCAGAUCUUGUGGGAUAAGCUUAAAGGGAUGGUAGAGGUAGAGCAUAUGACAAAAAACAUUUUUUGUAUAGGAAAGUAUGGCACAAGUGAUGCAUUGAAGCACAAACACAUGAAAUAACACAGAAAUUGUUUACUUACAGCAUCAUUGACAAGUGCGUCUUUACAGCAGUGUUUACAAUAAUUGCAGUAAUUGCAACUGCCAACAGUAAUACAUGCUCAGAGUCAUUGGAGUACAGUUUCAAAGAUGCCAGGUAUUUCUCAUACAUGUGCAGCUGCAAUGGAUAUUCUAGCAAUGAGGUCCUCAACAGAGUUGAUUGAAUUCUUGUAAACGAGUGCCUUCAGAUGUUUCCAUAAGAAGUUUGAUGCAAUUUUGAGCAAUUAUUGUAAACAUUUCUGUAAAGAUGCACUUGUGAACAAUGCUGUAAAUGAACAAUUUAUGUUUUCCUUUCAUGUGUUAUUUCAUGUUUGUGCCUCAAUGCGUCACUUGUGCGCAUACUUUCCUAUACAAACAAUGUUUUUUGUUGCGUGCUCUACUAAAGUGAUUAUAACUACAGAAACUAUAGCAAUUAAUUAUAUUUAUAAUAAUUUUAUUAAUACAAGUAAAAUUUUUAUACUGAGUUUAUAUAAAUUGAAUAUUGUUUAAGUUGGUCGCUCCUGUAUUAUUAGAAUUUCUUGUAUAGUAAAAGUCAUCUAAUCCAGCACUCUGUAAUAUUCUGUAAACCAAUACACUCUUAAGAUUUGUCAAUGCUCUGGGUGGUGAUUUUAGGUUGUUGAAGUGUGCAAGUGUUUGUCAUGAGGGCAGUUCUGGAAAUGAUCAUUAAAAAAUUAUAGAGUUUGAAUUUGGUGGUAAAAAAAUCAAAUUUUCAUAUAUACAGAAUAAAGAUAAAUGGAUUUCGUGUGUAACAAGUUUGUUUGCAUCCUUCCAGUUGCUGUUAUUACAGCAACUGGAAGGAUGUACAAAAAUAAAUGAAAGAAAGCACAGUAGCUUACAGUAUAAAAUGUAAUUUUUUGAACCAUUUAGUGUGUGUACAUAAGCAAAUUUAGAAAAAAUCUAGAAGUAAUCUGUAAGUUUUAAUAAUUCAGUUUCAUGGCAGUCCCAUGCAUGCUGGAUUAGAGUACUUUUACUGCAUUUUAAGUGUAGGAAUUUGGUGAUUUUUUUAUGUUCUUUGAACUGAAGAUAAAAUUUUUCUUUCAUUAAAUUUUUUCAGUACUUCUGUUUAAGUUUAUGCUUUUAAUAUAUGUAUUGUAAUUGGAAUUUUGCAUCUAAAUUUCUUAAUGAUAUUUGGAUUAAUAAGCCACAAAAAAAUACAAUCACAUUGGUUUAUCUUUUCCCUUUUUUCAGCCACUAUAAAUAGACAAUCAGUGCUUUUAUCUAAUGCAUUAUGUAAUUCUUUCUGAUUUUGUUUAAUAAAAAUCAGAAAAUAUUGAUUCUGAUACUGACUAAAUCAACUAAAGUGGUCACUAUUAGAAUCAAUCAUCAGUAUUAGAAUCAUUUUGCUACAAAUAAAUGAAGAUUAAUACUUGGAUAUUUAUUCCAGGUUGUUUAUUCUUUAUUGGAAUUGCUACAUAUUUUUUAAGUCAACCUUCUAAUCUCAUACAAUGGCAAGAAAAAGUAGUGUUUGCAACAUUUUUUGCUGGUGCAAUUGCUUGCCUCGGCAUGUCUUUUACUUUUCAUACGGUCCAUUGCCAUUCAGAAAAAGUUGGAAAACUUUUUAGCAAACUCGAUUAUUGUGGAAUUGCCCUUCUCAUCAUUGGUUCCUUUGUUCCGUGGUUAUAUUAUGGAUUUUAUUGUGAUUUUCAACCAAAAGUGAUUUACUUAAUGCUAGUCAUUGUAUUGGGUGCAGCUGCUAUUGUUGUCUCGUUGUGGGAUAAAUUUAGUGAACCACGUUUUCGUACUUUAAGAGCAGGAGUUUUUAUGGGAUUUGGUCUUAGUGGCGUUAUUCCUGCUCUACACUACUUAAUUGCCGAAGGAUGGAUCAGAGCUGUUUAUCAAGCUUCUUUCGGAUGGCUUUGUUUGAUGGGAGCAUUGUAUAUAGCUGGUGCAUUCUUUUAUGCUCUUCGUAUUCCAGAAAGAUUCUUUCCCGGUAAAUGUGAUAUUUGGGUACGUAUUAAUGUGUCUAUUGAAAAUAAAUCUAAAAGUCUCAUUAUAUAUCAACUCCAUGUUUUUACAAUUAUAAAUCUAAAAAAUAUUCAACUCACUGUUAAACAUUCUAAAUUCAUAACAAUAUUCUUAACUAGUAAGUUGUUUUGA